UAGUACUUGGCAUGAAGACAUGAUCGAUGAAUUAUACGCUUCUUUAUUGGGUAAAAAAUAUGAAGAAGGUUCAGAAUUAAGUGAAAAUGAAAUCAGAUCAGAAACAGAACAAAAAGGAGAAAAUAAUAUAAUCGAAGCUAGUUUGAAUGGUUUGAGAAUAUUUGGAUAA